UUAGAAACACAAAACAUUGAAACAGUGAAAACACAACCCUUCUGACUCUCUCUCUAGCCUACUCGCCGUCUCUCAAGUCUCACUGUCUCUCAGCAAACGCAAACACCCAGCACCCAUACCCAUUUCCUCCCAUUUGAAAUCAGACCGCAACUCUUGCUCCUCCCGGCUCUUGGAGAUUUGGAUUCUGGAGUUGCCCUCGCCAAGGAUCUCAACUGAACUAGCAGAGGCUAGUAAUCAACAUGAAAGCGUAAUUCAGAAAAAUCAAACUAGCUCCACGCAGCUGACUCCUCAUAAUCACAAUUUAAUCAGAUGUGCUGUUGAUGGAAGCUUAAACUUUGAUCUGGUCUGGUAUAUACACUUGCACAAUAUCAAUGGCAAAACCUUUAAGCAAACUCGUUUCCUGUGUCAUCCUUGAUUUGGAUGGGACGAUUCUUAACACAGAUGGCAUUGUGAGUGAUGUUUUGAAAUCUUACUUGGUUAAGUAUGGGAAACAAUGGGAUGGAAGAAGAGCUCAUAGAAUUGUAGGAAAGACACCUUAUGAAGCUUCAGCAGCUGUUGUGGAGGAUUAUGAGCUACCUAUUUCGACAGAUGAAUAUAUAUCAGAAAUUACUCCUAGAUUCUCCGAGCAGUGGUGCAAUAUCAAAGCUCAACCCGGUGCCAACAGGUUAAUUAAUCAUUUGAGGAAUCAUGGAGUGCCAAUGGCCUUGGCUUCCAAUUCUCCAAGGACAAACAUUGAAACCAAGAUAUCUUAUCAUCAGGGUUGGAAAGAAUCGUUUUCUUUAAUUAUAGGAGGCGAUGAAGUCACGAGUGGAAAGCCAUCGCCUGAAAUAUAUGUCGAAGCUGCCAAAAGGCUUAACGUGAAUCCUUCUUGCUGCCUUGUAAUUGAAGAUUCUCUGCCAGGGGUCACUGCUGGUAAGGCUGCUGGAAUGGAAGUGGUUGCUGUCCCAUCCCUUCCUAAACAAUCCCAUCUUUUCACCUCAGCUGAUGAGAUCAUUAAUUCACUUCUAGAUCUACGACCUGAAAAGUGGGGCCUUCCUGCAUUUGAAGACUGGAUAGAAGGUACUUUGCCAAUAGAACCUUGGUACAUUGGUGGUCCUGUCAUAAAGGGCUUUGGACGUGGCUCAAAGGUGCUUGGGAUCCCUACAGCAAAUUUAUCAACAGAGGGUUAUUCAGCUAUCCUUUCAGAACAUCCUUCAGGAGUUUAUUUUGGCUGGGCCGGAUUACCAACUCGAGGUGUUUACAAGAUGGUCAUGAGCAUUGGUUGGAACCCUUAUUUUGACAACUCCGAGAAAACCAUAGAGCCAUGGUUGCUUCAUGAUUUUAACGAGGACUUUUACGGUGAGGAAUUACGGCUUGCUAUUGUCGGUUAUAUACGACCGGAGGCCAACUUUCCCUCCCUCGAUAGCCUGGUAGCAAAGAUCCACGAGGAUGGAAAAAUCGCAGAGAAUGCUCUUGAACUUCCUCUUUAUUCAAAGUAUAAGGAAGACCCAUAUCUGAAAAUCUCGUUGCCAGAAAAUAUUUAAUUACUUGUUGCAUCUUUAGAAAUUAUUGGUCCAUUAAUGGAAUCUUGGCAACUUGAGGGGACUCACUUGGUUAUAUUUAAUCAAGAUAUAUGUUUUUGUUGUUGUGGACAAAUGACGAGUUUUAAUGUAACAUAGUCUCGAGUAA